UUCAUAGUCAAGUUUUUCAUUAACUCCAUAAACAAGAUUCAUUACUCUACUCAUUAAUUUCAUUUACUCUCUCCUCUAGUCCCUUCUUAUUUCUCGCAUUUGGCUUGCUCCCAUAUAUUUUUCAAUAUCUGGACAUGUCUGAACGCAAUGGGAUUUGAAGAUAUUUGCAACACAGGCCUCCGUCUCGGUAUUUACAGGCUGCCACAAACCCAUCAGCAGCAACAGAAGAAGAAGAAGAAGAAGACACUGUUCUUGAAAUAUGAUCAUUUGUUGCCAUCUCUUUCGUUAGGCCCAUCACAAGACAUAUUGAAUUCGGCUGCAAAAAAUUAUGCUGCGGGUAAAGUAUGUGAAUCUACCUGUGUGCACCAGCAGACCUCGUCUCUGAGUGCAUUGUCUUCAUUUUCCAACUCUAGCGUCAAGGAAGAGAGAGACUUUGCUGAGGAAGAAGUGGAGUUAGAAAGAAAUUUUAUUUCAAGGGUUAGCGAUGAAGAUGAAGAGGUCAGUCCCAGGAAGAAACUUAGACUUACCAAAGCACAGUUUGCCACUUUGGAAGAAAGCUUCAAAGAGCACAUCACUCUUAAUCCUAAGCAGAAGCAAGCUUUAGCCGAAAAAUUGAAUCUAAGGCCACGGCAAGUAGAAGUUUGGUUCCAGAACAGGAGAGCCAGGACAAAGUUGAAGCAAACUGAAGUAGAUUGCGAGUUUCUGAAGAAAUGUUGUGAAUCAUUAACAGAAGAGAACAAGAGGUUGCAAAAGGAGCUGCAAGAGCUUAAAUCAUUAACUGUCUCGGCAUCAGUUUGCAUGCAAUUGCCUGCAGCCACCCUCACCAUGUGCCCUUCUUGUGAGAAGGUCAGCGGCGGCGGUGGCGGCGAUGGCUCUUCUACAAGCCCUUUAAGUUUUAGAUCAAACCCUCGCUUCUACGAUUCCUUAAUUUCCAACCCAUCUGCUGCUUCUUGCUGAGCAAACGAAGACGCCAAUCAAUAACAUAUUGUUAUGCUAUUUAUUCAGGACUCCUUUGUCAUAUAUUUGGUUUAAUGGAUUAGUCAAAUUAAUUUGUAGAGUCCUGAAUCUAUCGAUCCCACGUACUAAUCCUUGUAAAUUAUUCUUAAAAGAAUCAAGUUUGUGAAUGAAUCUUUCCUUGUUCG